AUGGCGGAUGACGGUGGUGGAAUGGACAGUCAUUCCAGGACUGAAACAAAAACUUUCAAGAAUGAUGUUUCGAGGGCCAAGAAAAAGGCAUUAUUGACGAGAAAAGAAUGUAUAAAGAAGAAAACAAUGGAAUUAUCAGUUUUGUGUGAUGUCAGAGCUUGCGCUGUGAUCUUAGGCCCCGACGGGCAGAUUGAAACAUGGCCUGAGAAUCGUAGCGAUGUGCGUGAGGUGAUCAACUUGUACCGAAAUGGAUCUCUUAAUAACAAGCGGAAGCAGCAAUAUGAUGAUCGGAGUUGUAACAAGAAACAGGUUUUGGGAGGUGAUAAAGGGGCUAAGAAUAGGGCUUUGAAUCUGGAAGAAUUUCUGAAAAAGCUUGAGGGCAAAAUAGAUCAAGUCAAGAAACAGAUUCAAACUGUCAAGUCCAAAGAUCAAGAAAUCAAAUCAGGUAUUUUCAUGAUUAUUUUUUUAUGGUGA